UCUGUUCGGCCGUUCUUGUCGAUACGGCUUGUUUCCCCACCGCCGCCGCCUAGGUCAUGUCCUACCGCCGCCGGCCACCAUGGACUGGAUAUCGGCGCUGCGGGAGUCGGUGUCGUUCGAGGGGUUCCUAUCCGAGCCAGUCCAGUGGUAUACCAUGGCGCAUGUCACGCUGGCACCGACGGCGAUUGGACAUGGCAGCUGUAGCAGUACAGGUCAAUUUGUCUGCAGGCUGCAGCAGGAUCUGCCUCCUCCAACUGCGAUGUUGCGUGCAUUAGCAGUUCUGGACCAAUCAGAGUUGUACGCCAUGAUUGCCCACGGAAUGCAACACAUAUGGGAUAUGGGAUGGUGGAGUACAUGUUUUUUAUAUGGCUUGUGGGCUGCUGGUCUAGUGGCAUCUGAAUUUUCUGUUGUACCGAUUGUGUCACAGAAAUGGAAAGCUUACUUUGGGCUAACUGAAUCACCUAAGGUAACAGGAACACGGUUAGUACCGAAUCCUUAAAACAGGGUUGGUGUGGUGAGUUCUUAAAACCAGGUUACUCAUGUGUGUGUGCCCAUCAUGUGGACCCCAGGAGAUCUCUCGAUACAAGUACACAAAUGAAUUGGUUCAUUUAUUUUAAAUGGUCUAGGGUGAAGAAGAUUGGGUUGUUUUCGAAAGGCUGUUUUAGGUUCUAAUUCUUGAUUUUAUCAUGUAGGUGGUUCGUUCUAGUAUUGGGAAUUGUCAUGGUUAGUUUUGGAUCUAAUUCUGUAAUUGUGCUCAGGCUGAAUCUGUAACUAGCCUUGGUGGCCAUGUAAUUCAGCUGGAUUUAGCAUGUUGUCGCCCUAGUACUAGUGCUAGUGUUUAACAUGUAAAUGAUCUAAUUAUCUAUGGAAGUUUCAGUUUCUUGA